CAAUGCCUCACUAUUCGGGCUCAAAAUGUCCCAAACUAGCAAGUUCCAGUCAGAUAAAGAAAAAAGCAGGCACCAGAGGAACUGGACAUUAUAAAAAUAAAAACAAGGGGGAGGAACAGGCUGCCUGGGGGAUUUCUUCGGCUCAAGCUGCUCCUGGGUCUGCUACAAGCUGCCUCGUCUCCCCAGCAUUUUUGCUGCAUGAACACUGGAAUGUUGGGGAGUGUCGUUUAACUGCCAUCAUGGCUUUUCUCACUUACCUGUGUGGCUUGGGAAAGAAAAGAAAAUCCCUUGGCUCCAAAAUGGCAUCUGGCGAUACAAAGACGAGCGUCAAGAGCGGCCACUCCUGUGCUGAGAGGCUGUCUCUGCAGGAGGAGGACCAGGGGGGAGCUGAGGACUACUGCACCCCGGGAGCCUUCGAGCUGGAGCGCCUCUUCUGGAAGGGCAGCCCCCAGUACACGCAUGUCAACGAGGUCUGGCCCCGGCUCCACAUUGGUGAUGAGGCUACGGCGCUGGACCGCUACGGGCUGCAGAAGGCGGGCUUCACGCACGUGCUCAACGCCGCGCACGGCCGCUGGAAUGUGGACACCGGGCCCGACUACUACCGCGACAUGGCCAUCGAGUACCACGGCGUCGAGGCCGACGACGUGCCCACUUUCGACCUCAGCGUCUUUUUUUACUCCGCUGCCGCCUUCAUCGACUCGGCGCUCCGAGACGACCACAGUAAGAUCCUGGUUCACUGUGCCAUGGGCCGAAGCCGGUCAGCAACUCUGGUCCUGGCCUACCUGAUGAUCCACAAGAACAUGACCUUGGUGGGAGCUAUCCAACAAGUGGCUAAGAACCGUUGCGUCUUGCCCAACCGAGGCUUCCUGAAGCAGCUCCGAGAGCUGGAUCAGCAGCUGGUGAGGCAGCGGCGACAGGCCGGGCCAGGGGACAGUGAGCCGGGGCUAUAGGGGCCUCCCCAGGGAGGAGCAGAGACCCUAGCACCCAGAGUGGAAGGCUGAAGCGUGUCUCCACCGAGGCUUUGGUGGUCAUGGAGAUGGGACAGUGAAACCAAGGGCCGGGCCAGCAGGGAGGCCUGCUGUCUCCUGUUUCCCCGCCUCACAGGGGCCAGGUCCGCUGCAGGGGAACUGGGUUUGGAUAACGUACCGCUCUGCAGUCUCCUGUCCUUUAAGUUGGUAGCAAAGAGGGCUUUAUUUUAUUUUAAUUUUUUAAUGUUUGGGCACUGUGUUGUGAUUAAAUGUUUGGCUCUGAACGGACAAAAAUCAUAUUCUUAUAUUAAAAAAAAAUUAAAAAUAGAGCUUGAUUUUUUUUCAACCACA